AUGCCAGACGAAGAACAUCAUGAAGCCUCAAUUCGAAACGCCGCUCGACCCAACGAUGCGGAACCCAAAGACCAGAGCGCCAUGGAAGUCCUCCUACUCGAUCGCUUCACAUGGGCUAACUACACCUGCACGCAAUCCACCGGCGGCGUAGCGAUUCUCCUAUCCCAAACCCCCCAUCAAUUCCGUGGCCUCCAAACCGCCGGCGUCGUAGUCUUCAUCCUCAACCUAGUUCUAUUCACCCUUUUCACCACAGCCAUGAUCACCCGAUUCAUCCAGAGACCGUCCAACAUCCGCAAAUCCCUCACGAAACCCCCAGAAGCCUACUUCGCCGGUUCGCUCUGGCUCUCAAUAGCGACCAUCAUCAUAUGCACGCAGCGUUUCGGCACUCCGCACACGGGUUCAUGGAUCCUCGUCGCCGUGCGGGUUCUCUUCUGGACCUACGCGGCUAUCACAUUGACGUAUAACAUCGCCAUCUUCGUCAUCAUGUUUGUCACUCGCCCCCUCGCGCCAGGCGUCAUGCACCCGCCGAUGUUUCUGAUGAUCUACAACGCCAUGUUGACCGGCACCGUCGCGGCGUGCAUCGCAGCCAAUCAGCCCCCUUCACAACGAAUGGCCAUCAUUGUAGCCGGGGUUACCUUCCAAGGUCUUGGGUGGAUGUUAUGUCUUCUCUUCCUUCCGCUCUUCGUAUCAAACAUGCUCAUUCAUGGUCUUGGCCCGGUAAACCAGCGCCCCGGCCUCUUCAUCUCCGUGGGUUCAUCAGGCUACACCAUCGUGGCGCUUAUUGGGUGUGCAAGGGCGAUUCCUAACGACUACGGAUACUUCGCGAAACACCCUACCGCAUCCGAAACGUUGAAUAUCAUGGCCCUAUGGAUAAGUAUAUUCCUAUGGCUUUUCACGUUCUGGUUAUUCGCGAUAGCGCUAGUUUCUCAUGUACCCAUUCUAAUAUCCAAAUGGGGCAAUGAUAGUAAUAUGGCGCAAGGACAGAUGAGUUUCACACUUCCUUGGUGGGCUAUCAUCUUCCCAAAUGUGGGCUUCACGAUUGCUACGAUUUAUAUUGGCGAGGAGCUGGAAUCGGACGCUCUUGCUUGGGUGGGAACCGUCAUGGCGGUGCUGGUCUUUGUGGCGUGGCUUAUGGACCUGUUCUUGCAUCUCAAGUCAAUAUUUCAACGGCGGAUCAUGUAA